GCCGUGACAAUGCUGCCGCCAAAAGCGCCGUCCACGCAACUCGCGGACGUAGUCGAGGUCGAGUUUGGGGCGCAAUACCAAUCGACCGGCAUGGGCUUGCGCGUCCAUCCUGCCACGGAGAAUGGUAUCGGUGCAUUGUUCGUGUUUAGCUACUUUGCGUCCCCCGUCCAAGUCGUGUCGCUUCCACCUUGUCGGUACCAAAUCGACGCAAUUGGGGACGUCAACGUGCGGUCAUGGCGAUUCGACGAAAUCAAAGCGCGCGUGCUCACCUGUCCAGUGUUUCCUGUGGUCGUCCGGUUCGUACGCAACCCAACGUUCUACACUCUGCAUUAUCUCGACCGUCCAUUGAACAUUCAGAUCGCCGAGCGCCAUCCGCUCGGACGCGUCGAGAUCGUUGAGUACUUGCACCCGCUCAAGACAUCGGAUUCAGUCCCGAAUCGAUUCUGCGGCUCCCAUUUCAUUCACUCUGUCAAUGGCCAGACCUUCACCAACACGUCCACGGGCAGUGCUGCGCUGGUCGACGCCAUUCGAAGAGGUGCCCUGCCCAUGGAGCUGGGGGUGGAAGUCGUGCAGACGAAAGAGAGCUUGUCAGCGCAGCAGUUGCUCAUCGAAGCGUAUCGAGACCAACCAAACGUAUCACGCCGCAGUACCAGCACGGUCCACACACUCGCAGCUUUUCCCACCGUAAUCAAUGCAUCGUCUCCACCCGACAGCAUCGUUUACCCACGCGCUCCUGCCGUGUCGACGAAGCGACCGGCAAAACGACCUCGCGCCACACCCGCCCUUCCAACCAAGACCAGUGACCCCGCGACAAAGAAAGCAAAACCCAUCGAAAACGAGCCAACAACGAUUGUCUUGGACGACUCGGACGACGACAGCCCGACGAUCGAUCCAACACCGACGGCUACCGUGGCGCCUGUGGUGCGCUCGACUCGCAGCACGAGAGCGGAUCCCCUUGGCGCCGAUAAAGUCGUCGCGACGCCUUUUGGAAUCGGCUUGAUUUUGAAUUCGCCCAUUGUAGCGCAGGCGCCCAUUGCGACCUCACUGGCAUGGUCGGCAGUCCAAGCGUCUUCCGGCGCCGCAACUCGCGCUGCCGUGGCGCUCCCUGGCGUGUUUAUAGUGCAACUACCCUACGGCAUCGGGUACUUUCAACGGUCGGCGCUGACCCCCAUCGACGACAAGGUUCAGUGUACUUAUUUCAAACAGCGCGCAAAGGGGUGGGUCGUGCUAACGUACGGCGACACGGCGCGACUGGUGGGCCAGCGCUUGCUCAACGACUCGGUGAUUGAGUUUUACCUGAGUUACCUCAUCGACACCUUGCCGUGGCAUGUCGUCGAGAGGACGUACAUGUGCAGUUCGUUUCUCUUUGGCCAGUACUUGAUAAACAAGAAGCAAGCGAAGAAGGGAAACGCGGCGUCGAGCAUCGAGCAAGCGUAUGCGUCUGUGGCGCGGUGGACGAAAACUGUCGACAUUUUCCAGACCAAGUACCUGGUCGUGCCGAUCAACGAAGACGGCCACUGGAGCGUCGCCAUCGUGUGCAACCUGUACAGAUUCGCGUCGACGUCGCAAUGCCGAUGUGCAGUGGACCCGAUGGCGGCCAAACCAACCGUUCCCACGAAUUCCUUACUCCACGUAUCAAAACGACCUGCCAAACCAAGUGCAUCCGCUCGGUCGCUCUUGCCAAAACGGACCAAGGUCGUGCAUGUGUCGACAAAAGCACCCACGAACACACUGGCCCAGGCAACUACGUCCGGUCUAUUCAUUCCACACCCACCUGCAUCAAGGCACAGCGACGCAGGUGGAAUGGAUGCGCAGCUAGUGUUGGCAGCAAACGAUGCACGAACGACUCUAGCCGACUCCAUGCCACCCACACAACAACGUAUUACCGACGAGCCCUCCACCGAACUUGAAGUGCACAACGUCGCUGUGCCAGCCAUACGUCAGUCGGAAGCGCCGGCGCCAAAGGAAGCAGCAGUGGCUCGACGAGCACCUCCAGAUACAUCUGCAUCGUGCGUAGUCACGUGUUCCAUGGAUGAAGAGGAUUCCUGUACAACGAAGCAGACUCUUGUCGCCGAUGCCUCCGAAACACCUGAAGCGCCGACAGCACCGAAAGCUUUCACGCCAAUCCCAGACCCAGCCUUACCCGACCGUCGUGCACGCUGUACAACGUGUGGCCUCGAGCGAAACUUGGACCAAGAUGAAAACCAUCGCCCUUGCGUUGUGUUUUUGGACUCGCUCAAAGCCCACCGCACGGGUCGCGUCUCUUAUUUUCUCCGCGAGUACUUGCAAAUGGAAUGGCGCGCUAGAAAAGCGCCAACGUGUGGGGUCAUGGCGUUCAAUGCAGCGAAUUUGCCUGCGAUUUGCCCACCUGAAAUUCCGCGCCAAGCCAAUUACACAGACUGCGGCGUGUUCGUCCUGCAUUACGUGGAACUAUUCCUGACGUCGCCACCGCUGGUAUCGACCGCAUUCGUGGCCACGAAAGGCGCCGACUCGCAAAAUGUUUUGACUGCUCAAUGGUUUCCACCUCAAGUCAUUCGAAAAAAGCGCGUCGCGAUUCGGUGCCUCAUCGAGCGACUUGCUCGGGACGGCGCCGCGCCACCGUUGAUUCUGGACACUCGUGAAGAAAAUCGAUAAACGUUGUGGAUUCCACGAUGCAGAUUUGAGUAGUCGGGAGCCUCUCG